CGACGCCGAGACACCUAGCAGUAUAUAUAGACCUGGCAUGGCUGUUGACGUUCUUUCACAAGCUACAUCACGCCUUGAUCCACACAUCCCACCAUGGUCUACCACACUAUCGUCAAAUCCAUUGCAGUCAAGAACUUUGAGGCGGUCAAUACGCACGAUUAUGAGAGUAUCUUGAAAGGAUGCGCUCCCAAUAUUCGACAUCGUUUCGGGGGUAACCAUGCUCUCGGCGGUACGAGGAAUGACAAGGAAGCCUUGAAUAAAUGGUUCCACAGACUUGGGAGGUUAUAUCCAAAUCUCAAGUUGACCGUCCGGGACGUCUGGGUCAAGGGCUGGCCACAUGAUACCCGCGUGUUCAUCCGGUGGACGGCCGCCGAUAAGUUUGCCGACGGCACGCCAUAUGACAAUCACGGGGUCCAUGUGAUUCGAUUGUGCUGGGGAAAAGCUGUAGAGAUUGAUGCGAAUGAGGACAGCCAAGUAGUCGACAAGUGGCUUCGCGCCAAAAUGGCUGAAGGUGUGACGGAAGCUGGCGAGCCGGCUAUAGAGAGCUGAAUGGAAGGUGUGACGAUCACGGGCGAGCCGGGGCAUAGAGAGAGCUUCAUGGGACUA